AGGAGAGCACCUGUCAUGGGAAUGAACGGGGCCCCGCCUUCCAGUUCUCUUUUAGAUGUUAUACAUCGACUAGGACCGAGGGUCAGCAGAGAGCAGCAGCAGAGAGGAGCAGCAGCAGGAGGUGACCGUUCCACUGUUGGUUGUUGGUGUGCAGAGUCUCAUAGUUUGGUCCUCUACAACAGAACAGACACAAGGAUGAAGAUGAUCUGCAGCAUCCUGCUGCUCCUCAGUCUGACCUCCUGUGUCUCUGGAGCAUUUGUAGUGAAUGUGACACAGACCUCCUAUCAGGCAGAGGAGAACCAAGACAUCACACUGGAGUGGAUGUUCACAACCAGAACCGGCAGUUCCCCCAACUCACUUUAUAUCUACUGUCGACUGUCUGCUAACAAAACCUCAGUCCUGUUUCAGCUCUAUGAAGGUGUUGAGGACCCAGAGUCUCUGGAUGAACAGUUUACAGGACGAGUCCGGUGGGACAAAGACGUCCUCAGAGACGGACGAAUCAGACUUCACAUGUCCAGACUCAGGAUUAAUGACUCUGGUUGGUACAUGUGUGAUGUGCUCACAGGUUAUGGUGGGAGCUCUAAGAAAUGUCACCUCAAAGUCACAGCAGCUGCUGAUGAGCCCAAACCUCUGAGACAAACAAUGAGCUCACAACCAGAGAGUCCGGGAGGGAUCGGCCUCUACGUUGGACUGACAGCAGCUCUACUGGUUCUCUGUGUUGUACUCUAAUUUGCCUUCCUUCAUAAAUCUACUGGUAAUAGAGGAAACAUCUAUACAGCCGUACAGCCAAUAAGAUCCUCAGAGGAACAACCCAUCACGUCUAACCAAGCGACAACCUCCAGUGGUGAGAUAAGGUCUUGUCUAGAAGGUAACCUCCAAGGCCUAUCCUAACCUCCACCAUUAGAGGUUAAUACCUGACCUUAACCCAUCAUCAAUGAAUGAAGAGUUCAUCAUUAAGAUUUAGCUGUAAGUUGGUUCAGUUCUCCCUCCAGCUGUUAUCAAUCGUGUGUUUUAUGUCCUCUGUUUACUGAUUGAUGUUGUUACCUUUCACAGUUACCUUAACUUUAUAAUGUGUUCAUACUGUAAAUAUAGUGAUUCCUUCACUAUGGCCCUUUAGAGUUUUUAAGAUUUUUAUCUGUAACGUUUCAUUUUUAUGUUUUUCUUCACCUAUUCUUAUACUAAAUGUCCUGACUGCAACAUUACGGUAACCUUCAUUUUCUACAUUUUCUAUUUUUAAUUUCUAUAAUAUUUUGAAGACAUUUCAAUU